UUAGACAGAGAGAUAAAUACGCUUUUGAAAAAGCCAAAUACAAAGGACAAUCCGUUGGCAGAGACUGAAGCAAAACGGACACCGAUUGUGUCUAUGUCAUAUCGCUCUCCGUCAUCAAGUUCUCAGUCAUAUACAUCAAAUUACUUACUACGGAACGAUAAUAUAUUGGAUAGCAAUUAUUUAAAAAUGACGGCUGACCAUCGGGAUAGUCGGAAGGAUGUUGUAAUUACAGAUGACGAUUUCUUUUCCAUGGAAGAGUUAAUAGCUAUUGAAGCAGAGAUAAAAAAUAUAUCGAGAGCAAAUAAUGGAAAGAAAUCCGUUUAA